CAACUCGCUUCUUCCCCUGAAUUGCUUCAACAGCAACAACUUCUGAAUAUACAUCAUCUGAAUGCAAAGGAAGGAAAGCAAUAAAGAAGAAGGAUGUUCUACGACGCAGACGAUCCAGAGACGCAGCGCAUGCGCGAACUGAUCGCGGCUGACUACUCCGAUGACAACGACGAGCAGGACGACUACAUCGACUCUGAUCUCGUCGACGACGACGUUCUCGACGACGAGGACGGCGGCGGCGGCAGUGGUAGGGUGCAGAGAGACGAUGACGGUGAGGAGAUGGAUGUUGAUCAGGCGGUUGACGAGAGCGUGUAUGAUCCCAUGCUGCUCGACGACAGCGCCAGGGCGACGAGCAGCAGGGCGGCGACACGGGGCGGCGGUGCACACAGCAGCAGCGGCCGUCUCGGCAAGAAAAAGAAGAAGAAGAAGUGCGUGCCGGGUGCAGCGCGCGAACACGAGCCCUCAGGCGAAGUGAAGAUCUUGCUCGGCCAGGCAAACCAAGCCUACGCAGCCGACCAACUCGACGAAGCCGAGCGCAUUCUCGCAGAAGUCAUCCGCAUCGACAAUCACGUCUACCCUGCGUGGAAGACGCUGGGGGAGAUCCACAAGCAGCGCGGGGAUAUCCCGAAAUGUCUGCUGGCGUGGAUCUCGGCGGGCCAUUUGCGGUUGAAGGAUAGCGAGCUGUGGUCGAUUUGCGGGAAGUUGUCGUUUCAGAUCGGGCAGGUUGAUCAGGCUUUGUAUUGCUAUAAUCGCGCGAUUUUGGGGAAUAGUCAGGAUAUCGAGGCUAUCUUUGAGAGAGGUCUUGUUUUUAAAGAGAUGGGUAGUUACGGAAGGGCCCUCGAGGCAUUCAAAAAGCUUCACGACAUGCUCCCAGACGACCUAACAAUCAUCCGCGAACUAGCCUCCGUCUACGUCCUCCAGAAAAACAUCUCCGCCGCCGCUCUUCUCUACGAACAAGUUCUUCACAAAGUUCGAACCCCACCCUCAGGUUCCUCGCGUCCACUUCCUCCCCCUCCUCCCCCCGUGCUUGGCGACGACGACCUGCAGGACUCGCGAUCGCAGCAGCUACGCUUCGGGUGGUCGGAACUCAAUAUCCUAGCUGAACUCUACGGCGCGCAGAACGAGUGGUUGAAAGCAAUCAAAUUCGUCAAGUCCACCGCGCGAUGGCUCCUGCUGCGCGCGGACGAGACGUUCUGGGACGACGUCCCGGACGACAAUGACGACGAGUACGACGCCGACCUCGCACAGCACCACCGCUACUUCCCGCCCUUGAAAAUCAACGACGCGGAGGCGUUGCGGGCGUACACCCUACCGCUCGAUCUACGCGCAAAGCUGGCAAUCUACAGACUCAAGCUGGGAAACCUCGAGACCGCGCUGAAGCACGUCAAGUUCGUACUAGCCGAGGCGGAGAAGGAGCCCGAGAUCGGGAUGGACGGACGCCCGAGCUUACGAUUCGCAGACCUAUUUCUCGACGUUGCCGACGCGCUCGCCGAGGCUGAGAAGUACGAGCAGGCGCUCGCGCUGUACGCGCCCCUGGGCGAAAUCGACGAGUACGCAGCCCCGCAGCUUAUCAUGUCGAUGGGUAAAUGCUUGCACGGCCUCGAGGAUUUCGAUCAGGCCGAGGCGGCGUAUCGUACGGUUAUCGAGGGGGACUCUGCGAAUUUGGACGCGCGGAUCGCGUUGGCGGAGGUGUAUGAGGCGACCGGGAAGAGGCGCGAGGCACUCGAGCUGGUUAAUGAGGUCAUGCGGAUUCGAAAGGAAAGCGAGCGCGAGAGGUCGUCUGUUCAGGUUUCAGAUCAUACGCAGCAGCAGCAGCAGCAACCGACGCGCGACAACAACGACGGCGAAGAUGGCAGCACGGAGCAAAAACGCGACGUCGUCCCGUCAUUCAUUCCAAACACAGAAGGCGGCAGAGCAGGCAGACCCGGCCGCCGACCAAAGCCCAACUCGAAGCCAAAGUCAACGCGGUCAGAGAAGAUGGCAGCCGAGGAGAGCGCGGCGGUGGUGGUGCAGUCCAAGGUGAAGCGGCUGCGGCAGUACCGCGACGGUCUGGCGACGGGGAAUCCGGUCGCGAUCGCGGAGUGGCUGCAGGCAGCGUCGGAGCUCGUGGAUAUGUUUACAAACGUUAAGGCUUUCUUCUCGGGCGACAAGCAUAAGGUUUUCAAAGGGUUUUUCGUGACGACGAAGAAGCGCGCAGGGAAGCAGACGAUUACUGAUAAAUUGAAGGGAAUGGUGUCUCGGCUGCAAGAGUCGCUACAGGAUGAGCGGGUGAUUGACGAGGAGGAAGACGAGGACGAGGACGACAAGGUCGAGCAGGCGACCGAGUUCCGCGACCUGCCGUUCGACGAGUGGUUUGAUAUCUUUAUGCAGUACGCGCUCAUGCUGACAUGGCACGAAGAGGUCGAGGACGCGUACGCGGUGCUGCGACGGGCGAAAGAGGCGAACGUGUUUUUGCAGGAUAAGCGCAAGAUGCGCGUGUUGAACCUCGUGCAUUUGUCGUGUAGUCUGCAUGUGGGCGACUACCGCACGGCAGGCGACACUAUCCGGACCAUGAUUGCGAGCCAAGAGAAGCUGUUCGAUCCAAACAUGUACCGGCUCUUCCUCUGCUGCGCGCCAGGCGGCAGAGACGCACUCGAAGCGUUCAACAGCACCGGGUUUCAAAAGUACAUGCUGCGACAGGUCAAGGGCCUCGACUCUGUCCUGCAAGGCAAAGUGAUCAGCGGGUCGAUUAACGUCACGCACGGCCAGGUCUCUGAAUGUUCCGAAGACCGGCAGGGUCCGAUCCUGUUCAACCUCUACGGCCAGCUGCUGGCCUCGUCGCGGAGCUACGUUCCUAGUCUCGGGUACUACAUGCGCGCAUACGCCAUCACGCCGCAGGAGCCGAUGGUCCUGUUCUCGAUCGGGCUGUCGCAUCUCCACCGCGCGAUGCAGCGGCAAUCUAGUAACCGCCAUCUGCACAUCGUCCAGGGCCUAAGCUACCUGAUCGACUACCACCGCACGCGCCCGCUGACGACCGCCCAGCGCGCGCAUCUCGCAUGGGCCGAGCAGCAGGAAGUGAACUACAACCUCGGCCGCGCGUUCCAGAUGCUAGGACUGCCCUCGCUCGCGAUAAAGUACUACGAGCGAGUGCUGCAGAUCGCGCCGCCGCUGGUCAGCGACGAGGGAAGAGAGAACAGCGCGUUUGAUUUGCGGAUCGAUGCCGCGUAUAAUCUGCAGUUGCUGUAUACCUUGAGCGGGAACGCAAAGUACGCAAAGAUGAUUGUGGAUGAGUAUCUUGUUAUAUGAUGUUGUGUGAUUGUGUAUGGCUGUUGUGUGAAUGUUGUA